GCAACCGAGAGUCAACAGCUGAGUCAACUGUGUUGCUCUUCUUGCUGAAUGCGACACAUAUCCGCUAUCUUAUCCGCCGAAAUCAUUGACGCUCGUUGCUCAAAUUAAAGAGCAAUAACAAGAACACGUCGGGUCUAUUGUUUCAGACAGUUGGCGUCUGGCAUUGGGUGCAUCAGCAUAAGACGACCUUGCAGCAGAACAAAACCAAAUCAAGACACCCUGUACUAGCAGCCCACAGUGGCUUAGCCGAGAGCGAAAGUAUCUGCUUGGUAAAGUACGAGUGAGAGAACGAGUGAGCGAGAGUGCAAGAGAGCGCGCGUGUAACGGCAAGUGUUGCUCUCCCAGCUGAUAUCUAAUCAAAACAAAUAGUGCCUCAACGCGUUCUGCGGUUUGAAUCAUUUACCUUAGUUUCAAUUCAACUUCGAAAAGUGUUUGUGGUAGCUGUUUAUUUCGCAGCGCAAUCGAAUUCGACUGAACACAUACAUAAAUAAAAAGAAAACAGUGUAAUUAAAACCGAAAAGUGUUUUCAAUUGUAAUUUUAUCCAUAAAAACCAACAAGAAACAAAAUAGUUGAUCAAAUUUCAAUAAAUACAGCUACAGCAUGAAGUACAAAUUUUUGCUACUGCUUGUCAGUGCUGAGGCUCUGCUGCUGGGUGUCGUACUGGCCCAGCAGGAGAGUAUACCCUAUCAGCCCGUGGCGAACAUAUGCGAGACUUGCACCUGCCUGUCCGCCCAGGACACGAAUCAUCGCUUGCACCAGACUCUGAACUGUGCCAUGAAGAACUUCGAGCACAUUUUGGCACGCUGGCCGCCGGAGUUUGGCAGCCAGCAUGCGGACAUGGAGAUUGUUGCCUCGUUUUCUGGCAACAGCAUACGGCUGCUGCAACAGCUACCUGCCACAAAUGGCACGCUGACGUUUUCGUGCCGCCACUGCGGCAUACAGCAGCUGGAGGUGCCGCUCUUUAUGGAUGUGCCCAAUGUGGAGGGUCUCUAUCUCAGCUGGAAUGAGAUCAAAGACGAUGCUCUGAAGCCGGAUCUGUUUCGUGGUCCCUUCAAGGCUACCAAAUACGAGCCAAUUGGACUGAAGGACUUGGAUCUCAGCCACAAUAGCAUCUCACGGCUGGAUCGCAAGCUCUUCGAGCACACGCCGCAGUUGAGAAAAUUGGUUCUGUCCCACAAUCGUCUCAGUGUGCUGGAUGCGGCAACAGCUGCUUCGUUGGCUUCCAUUGCCAAUCUGCAACGCUUGGAUCUGUCGCACAAUGGUUUGCUAGCGCUGCCCGGCGAGCUCUUUGCCAAGCUGAGUAAUCUCUAUCAGCUGGACAUUUCGGGCAAUGAGUUCGCUGUGGUGCCACCCAGCAUACAGCAGCUGGGCAAGAGUCUGCAGCAGCUAAGUCUAGCGGGCAAUCCCUUGGCCAAGAUCGAGGCCCAGAGCUUUCGUCAGCUGGACGCACUGCGUCGCCUGAACAUCAGUGAGAUGUUAAUGCUGCGCAGCAUUGAGCAAGGCGCUCUGCAGCUACCUGGCUUGGAGCAACUGGACUGUGCACGCAAUCCCAAGCUGGACCGACUGGAGUUCAUGGAUUUGCUGACCAGCCGAAAUCUAACGCAACUGGACAUCUCGCAGAAUGCGCUCACGACACUCACACUGACUGCAGCCAAUGCGACCAGCUGGCCAAGGCUGCGUAGCCUGGCCAUCGCCGGCAAUCCCUGGUACUGCAGCUGUGAGCUGCUCCAGGCACUCGAACAGGCCGGCGCACCUCAAGUACUGCAGUCACCCAGUCUGGCGGUCGCUCGCUGUGAUACGCCCUACUUGCUGGCCGGGCUGCCGCUGACCAAUCUAACUGCUGAGCAAAUCUGCAACAUGGUCAUACCCAAAAAGUAUCGUGCUGUCGAGGAUGAUCCGCCCAGAUUUCUGCGCCGCCGCUAUAUCAUCCUCACGGUGAUCAUUGCCAGCGUCGUUGUCGUCGCCGGCCUCAUCAUUGGCUUCAUUGUGGUCUGCGUGCGUCGCCGGCUCAAGGGCAACGACUAUGGCGUCCAGCCCAUACGCUACACAAGUGUGCGUGGCAGCAAUCUCUCUGCCUUCUCGCAGCUGCAGCCGGUUUCGGUGACCACCAAAUUCAAUAAUGCAGCCGCAGCUGCCGCCGCAGCUGGUGCUACAGGCGCACCCAAUGCCUGAGACCGGCUCGCCAAUCCCACCUGCUGCACGUGCCCUGAGCCAAAGAUGUUCACGAAAGUGUUUCAGCCACAACACAAACAAGACUUUGCGUGCAUGCAUUUGC